AUGGAGUCGAGGGCAGAGGCGACACCUACGACAACUGCCGCAGCAGCGGCGCCUGCGUUCAACACGGCGCCAGUUGCGGUCUUUUGGCUUGCUUGGGGUGGGUUCUGGACAGUGCUUUUGCUCUGCGGGAUGGCAUUCCUCUUUGUCAACCGCAAAAUGCCCUUCCUAAGGAUCCGCGGUCUGGCUUUGUCGUUUGGUGCCGUCAUCAUGCUCCAUCUUUACUGGCUGUCGGUGCAGAUCGGGCUUGCCAUCGGCCAGUUCGUUCCCAAUAGCGCGGAAUUCUGGGUGAUGGGCCUCUACCUCCCCUUCGGCAUUGCUCUUUUCCACGCUUCCAACAGCCGGUUCCUCCACAUCGCCAAGGCGCAGCGGAAAUAUGCAGAUAAGCCACUCAGUCAAUCCAAUCCCCAGUUGGACACCAGUAACGGGCCGGAUAAGACCAUGACGGGCAAGUUCCGAAAGCUCGAUUACACCACCAAGAUGCUAGCCGUCGUGUGCACGGGCAUGCUUGUCCAACUACUUCUGACAGUAGUCAUGUAUCUUGUCUCACGCAAAUAUCACCCCUGGUUCGGUGUUCCCGGCACCGAAGUUACGGGAACCCCCGCGCAGCAACAGGUCGAGAUGGGUAGAGGUUGGGAAUGGUGGCCUUCCGUGUUUUGGCAGUUCCUUUGGGCUUGGCUGGUCGCACCGGUGAUUCUCUGGAAAUCGCGUGGAAUCAAGGACACACAAGGGUGGCGUUUGCAGACCAUUGCAUGCUCUAUCGCAAGCCUUCACGCUACCCCUAUGUGGCUUGUCGCCUUGUACGUCCCAGCGAUGGCGCCCGUCAAUACAUACUUUAUCCCCCCGCAGUGGAUCUGUCUCUCCAUAACUUUUAUCGAAAUCUUUGCCAUCUUCAUUCCCUGUUGGCAAGUCAUCAAACACAAAACCCUGCAACAGGAAACACUCGACUCUAUCGCUGUUUGGGAAGCCAAGAACAAGGCUCGCAACGGAAGAGACUCUGUCAUCACUGGUUCCACCAAUCUUGGCAGCCAAGGCUCCGUCAGUUGGAAAUCGCUCGCACAGCUCGAGAAAGAUACCAGCCAAGCGGAAAGCGUCUACACCAUGGGGGCCCUCGAGUAUGUCUUGGACAAGAACCCUGAGCCCCUUCGCAAGUUCUCGGCCCUCAGAGAUUUCUCCGGCGAGAACAUUGCCUUCCUAUCAGCUGUAUCCGACUGGAAGUCAUCAAUCCCCCAGACGCCCGGAUCGUCUCAACGGUCACCCGAGAUGACACGGGAACGAUUCAACCGUGCCCUGCGCAUCUACACCGAGUUCAUCAGCCCCUGCCACGCCGAGUUUCAGAUCAACAUUGCGUCACAGGAUCUGAAGAGCUUAGAAGGCGUCUUUGAAGGUGCGGCCAGAGUUCUGUACGGAGACCGGACGGAACGGUUUAUCGACCCUGUGGUACCAUUCGAGGAUGACACCUGGGGUGGACCCGAGUCAACAGCCGGUGGCUCGGAGAUGAGUUGCGUAUCUCGGGAUGGCAGUGGGGAUCCGAUUGCGGAUCGGGUGCAGUACUGGGGUGAGAUCCCCGAGGCAUUCAAUGCUGGCGUCUUUGACAAUGCGGAGUCGAGCAUCAAGUACCUCGUCCUCACAAACACAUGGCCCAAGUUCGUCAAGGAGAGGCGGUACUCGUUGGACUCUGAGGAUUCCGGGGAGACGGUCGAGACGUGCCAGUCAUCGUCAACCUUGUCUUCACGGGUCAAGAAGUACUUUCGCACCAUGAAGGUUGUGGUAUAG